CCUAACUAGCCACAUGGUUUAGUAAACAUUAGGAGCGCAUGUGGUGUCAGCAAAGGAAUUACUGAUCCAUUUAUACCUGUUAACGGCUGAUUUACAUGUAAUCUGCAGGGGGACGAUGAAGCCUCUGCGGGUGCUGCCAGUGGAUCUCUCGGACCGGGGCUCUCAGAGAUGCAGGCUGGGCCCGGGUGUGAUGUCGGCGCUGGGUCUGAACCUGGGCGCCCCGCUGCUGGUGUCUGUACCGGGGGGAAGCCUCCUGUGCACCGCCUGGCCCCGGCCGGACCUGGCUGACGGCUUCCUGCAGAUGGACAUGAAAUGCGUCUCCCCGGGGCUGAUCUCUGGGCUGCCCGCACACCUGACCCUGGAGCCCGGUCGCCUCGCGCCCGUGCCCACCCCCAAACUGAAAGCUGUCAAGAUCAGUGUGGUGGUCCAGAGUGCUGGCUUUAAGAAACACACCCCUCCUCGUGUUGUCCACGAGCUUGUGAAAGACAUGCUGAAAGGGGUUUAUGUCCACAGUGGGUUUGUGAUCAACCUGGAAGACUUUGAUACAGAGAUCAAGCAUGUUGUUAUUGAGAACAUGAAUCCAGAUUGUGGCAGUGCAGGACUGAUCACAUCUAAAACCACUGUGGAGGUAACCAGCAUGAAGACAGUCCGCCUCUUCAGGAGCCAACUGCAGGGUCACAGCACAGCCCCACUGGGAGGGUUGGAGGAGGUGAGCGCUUCCCUCAGAGAGAUGCUGGAGCUGCCUCUGCUCUAUCCCAGCACCCUGAACUCUCUGGGAGUCUCCUGUCCCAGAGGGGUGCUCCUGGUGGGGCCUCCCGGAGUGGGGAAGACCCUGCUGGUCCACAGAGUGGUGGCGGAGGUGGGAGCCAGCCUGGUCGUGGUCAGAGGACCCGAGGUUGUGGGGUCACGGCCGGGUGAGAGUGAGGAGACACUGCGGACUGUGUUUGAGCGAGCUCGAUCCGCAGCAGACGAGGGUCCCUGUGUGCUGUUCCUGGACGAGCUGGACUCUCUGUGUCCGAGAAGAACCGGGUCGUCGGCUCCUGAGAACCGCUUGGUGGCGCAGCUCCUCACGCUGAUGGAUGGGAUUAAUCAGAGCGAUCGCUUCCUCAUCGUCGGAGCUACAAACCGCCCGGACAGCCUGGACCCGGCGCUGCGCAGACCCGGAAGAUUUGAUAGAGAGGUGAUAAUCGGACCGCCCACCUUGCAGCAGAGAAAGGACAUCUUGUCUGUUCUGUGUGAGCGGAUGCCCGUGUGCCCCAGUGUCAACCUGGUAGAACUUGCACGACAAACUGCAGGAUAUGUAGGAGCAGACCUCAGUGCUCUGUGCAGGGAGGCGGCCAUGCACGCUCUGCGGGAAAACUCCAAGUGUGCAGGAGAGCAGGCGGUGGGGAUGAAACACUUCCAGGAAGCCCUGAGGUUGGUGCGUCCGUCCUGCCUGAGGAGCAGCCUGGGCCGGACGGAGCUCUCUCCUGUGACCUGGGAGCAGAUCGGAGGUCUGGAUGAGGUCAAGCUCAAACUGAAACAGAGCAUCGAGUGGCCCAUGAGGUACCCGGAGGCGUUCGUUCGUUUGGGCCUGAGUCGGCCCCGCGGCGUUCUGCUCUACGGGCCUCCGGGUUGUGCGAAGACGACACUUGUUAAGGCCGCUGCCACCUCUUCCAGCUGCGCCUUCCUGUCUGUCAGUGGUGCCGACCUCUAUUCUCCCUUUGUGGGCGACUCAGAGAAAGCUCUAGCUCAGCUGUUCCGCCAGGCCCGGGCCUGUGUCCCCUGCAUCCUGUUCCUGGACGAGAUCGACUCUCUGAUCGGCUCGCGGGGCGACGGUCAGAGCCCGAACAGCGUGCAGACACGCCUCCUGUCCGUGCUGCUGAAUGAGAUGGACGGGGUCGGCCUGAGGACGCUGGAGAGGAGAGGGACGGAGAGGAUCGCCCAGGCGGGGGGAGGCGAGGAGAGUCGUGACCAGGAACAGCUGGACUGCCAGGAAGUGUGCAACAAAGACGUGAUGGUUGUCGCUGCCACAAACAGACCGGACUGUCUAGACAGCGCCCUGCUCCGACCGGGCCGACUGGACCACAUUGUUUACGUCCCGCCGCCGGACCAGCAGGCUCGACUCGCCAUCCUGAGUGUGUGCACCAAGGCGAUGCCCGUGGACGCGGACGUGUGUUUAAAGGAUCUGUCGGAAAAGACCGACCUUUACUCUGGAGCUGACCUGGAAAACCUGUGCAAAGAGGCUGCCCUUCUGGCACUGCUAGAAGAGAACAUGGAGGCUUCAGCCAUCAAACACACACAUUUUCUACGAUCCCUCAGCAGAAUGAGUCCCUCGCUCACCGCCAGGCAGAUCCACAUGUAUCAGACUCCUCUCAGAUGACCGACAGCGUGUCUGUUGUUCUCUUCUGUUGGCGCAUAAAUCAUUAUUUUCAAUAAAAU